GUUAAGCACCGAACCCCACCCGCCUCCAGCACUAUAAAUGUACGAUAGGCAGUCGCGCACCCACCUCGACACUCGAACUCCUCAAAGUCCACAUCAGCUAUGUCUCCGCCAGGGCUCCUCUUCGUAUUUUCCGAGCCUGGACCCAACCUGACGGACGACGAGUUCAACGACUGGUACGACAAUGAGCACGUACCCCUCCGCAUGGCCAUCCCCACCUUCCGCCGAACCACCCGUUGGAUCGCCGUAGACGGCGAGCAGCCCCGAUACCUCGCGACGUACGAUCUCGACUCCUGCCAAGUCUUGGACACGCCGCCCUACAACACCCUCGUCACCACGCGCAGCGAGCGAGAGAAGGACGUGAUAAGCCGCACGCAGCUCCUCGAUCGUCGCACGUAUGACCUCUUCGAGCCGGACAUUGUCCCCGCCGUCGCGGGGUACGAAGAGCAAAAGCCUGGGCCAUACUUCAUCACGCUGCAGGCAAGCGUCAAGCCUGAGCUGGAGGACGAUCUGAACCGAUGGUACCGCGAGGAGCACAUUCCGCUCUUGGCGAAGGUGCCGGGAUGGCGCCGGUCGCGGCGGUACGUGCUGAGGGAUGUGGGGCCAGCGAGCGGGACGGGAGCAGAAGUGCUGAAAAAGGGCAGGCCGCCGAAGUAUCUGGCGGUGCAUGAGUGGGAGUCGCCGGAAAGUUACGAGACGCCGGAGUUCAAGCACGCGACUAGUACGCCGUGGAGGAUGAGGUUGUUUGAGGGCGCGGACGUGUGGGACCGACGACUGUUCAAGGAGAUGAGGACAUGGCUUCAGGAAGACAAAUGA